AUGCAAGCAAAAGCAUUUAGCGCAUUCCAAAGGCUAAAAACAAUGGCAACUCAAAAGCCCUGCUUUGGUCAAAUACUAUAUCCCCAUCUCGAGCUCCUUGAAGUUUCGCCAGAAGCACAUUUAACAUUUUCCUUGCCUAUUCAUAAAGACUUUUGUGAUGAUUUUGGCUUAUUAUCAACAGGAACACUUACAACGCUAUUAGAUGCGACCACAACUCUAACUGUUUGAACCCUUAACGAGUCCUCCACUUUAACCUUAAGUGUUAACAUGAAUGUAUAGAAGUUUCCUAUGUUUGGCGCUGUAAGGCCGAUAAAUUCUGAUCGGAAUUUAUCGGUAGGUUGCACCAAAUCAAUGCCUUGGUCGGACCAAAAAGCGAUUUGGUCCGACGAACUUGGAAAGCUCCUGGGAAAAUGUCUGCGCUUUUAGCGCUAUAUAGAGGAAACCUCUAUAUCCUUUUAUGGAUCAGCCAAAAUCGGCGAAAUCAUCAUCUUGAAAUCUAAGUGCACUAGCAUAGAAGGGAAAAUUGCUUACACCCAAGGAGAAAUCCAUAAGAAUAACCAACUUAUAGUAUCAGGGCUACAAAACAUAAUUUUAACUCACAAAAAUUUACCAAAUUAA